CUUGAUUAGAUACACCGGGUAAUCUCUCCGUCGCGCCACGGUCGCUGUCUCUUCAUAUUAGGCCGGCUUCUUCUUAUUCUGAAAUUCCUCCCGUCGGCUUUUAAUCAUCGGGAAUGGAAUAAUAUCCGAUCCGUGUCGAAACCUUCCGGUGACUGUUCCUUCUCCAGAAAAUAAGCGAGGCGCUGACCCAAUUACAGCCAUUGGUGCGGCGGCGGCAGCAGCAGCAGAGCAAUCUCUUUGCUCGAGAUUCUUCUUUACCGGGCUCUGGGUUUUCUCUGCCGACGAUGUCUAAGAUGGGCACUGAUUAAAACUUGAUAAAGCUUGCAUCUUUCCCCGGAAACCCACAAGGUUAAAAUCCUUAUUCAACUCGGAUUUUCUGAAGCUGCUCUGGGUUAAUGGUGAAAACCCUUUAGAUUUCCAUGGCUUUUCGAUUUCUUCAAAUGUUUUAGUAAUGAUGAACUGUGGCUUUCAGUUCCCCCCAAAGUUUUUUAUAUAAGCUAUCAUCUUGGUUACUGGUAUCGGAUCAGAGUUGUGAUUUGAAUUAACUGUACUAGUUUCUACCCAAUGGGUAGCUUCUAUAAUUUUUCAUGGUUUAUGAAUCAACUUGUGAAACUACCAGUAGUUUGCUUGCUCUGCUAUAAUUUUUCAUGGUUUGUGAAUCAACUUGUGAACCUAUCAGUAGUUUGCUUGCUAUGCUUUAUCCAGAGAGGGGAACUAACCUUGAUUGAGACGCAGGAGUGGGAAAGAGAGCCCUGGUGAACCUAGCUAAAUGGGUGUUGGAAAUAAUAAUCCUAAGGAGAUUGCCAUUAGAAGAAACAUCUCCAGCAUAUUUAAUAAGCGGGAAGAGGAUUUCCCGUCUCUGACGGAGUACAAUGAUUACUUGGAAGAAGUGGAAGACAUGAUUGUCAACUUGGUGUCAAACCCGGACACCCAAGCUACUGAAGCUAUUAAAGCAAGAAUAGAAGAAUACAAGAUCGAGAACGCGGAGCAAAUAAUGCUCAAUCAAGCACGGAAGGCUGAGGAAUAUGCUAAAGCUCUUGCAGCAUGUAAGGGGCUUCCACAGCAAACAGAUACUGAACUGAACUCUCAAGCAAUGCUCGGAAUAGAGACGACAGGGCAGUACGCGCCAAUAAUGGCUACUGGGCAGCCGCUUCCAAUGGGCCAACCAGGCUCAAUUUGGGGCGACGGGCACGAUGAUGAAGAGAUGAUGAGGCUACGAACAGAAAGAGGGAGCAGAGCUGGUGGGUGGACUGCCGAGCUUAGCAGGAAGAGGUCGCUUGAGGAAGCCUUCACCACCAUCUGGAUUUGACUUUCCUUUUUGACUAGCCUUUUCCUUUUCUUUCGAGUUUGGUGUUAUCUUCCACUAGGGCUACCAGCUUGUUCAUCUGUGAAAUGGAAGAAAUUUUGAUCUGCUGACUGGUGAAUGGCAUAUGAUUAUGAAUGUUGAUAUCUCUGGAGAGAGCCAAGGCUUCUUUCCUGAAGUUACAACUUGAGUUAUCCAAGCUUAUACGGUUUAUACCUUGUCUCACUGUCAUUAUUGGUGAAUAAGCAUAGUGUGAAAAG